UGAUAGAGCUAAACCGAAAGAAAGAACAACUAAACUAUGGCCCGUGGGGUAUUGGGUCUGAUCAAACCGAACUAUAUUGGAGUAUUUUUGUAUUAAAUCAUUAACCGCUCUACUCUACAAUCCCCCCCGCCAAUCCUCUGGUUGCCUGUUUUCUUCCGAUUUGGCUACAAUCUUUGCUCUCUCUCCCCGACGGCGAAUCUUCGGCAACUCUCCGUCAACUGACUAUAAUUAGGUUGAAGCUGAAGAUACUAGAGGAGGUCCCAUGAACGGCCUCAACAGAUUGACCAAAUCAGGUUAAUGGCUUGGGCAUAAAAGUGUUAAGCCUUGAUUGUCAGAUCUUUAGGUGGAAUCUCUUAAGGAUCUUGAAGAGAGGAGGGUUUCGUGUGGUCCAUGGGGCUUGUGUCAAUGGUAGUGAAUUUCAAGCAUGUAGGAUUUGGAUUCCUAUCAGCUAGAAGCAUUACUGAUGCUCAAGCAUGCCCUGUCAUUUCAUCAUAUGAGAUCAAUUUUGUCCCCCUCAUCCUGAUAUAACUUUUCCCCCUCCAAAUUUCCUCUAGACUGAUUAGUUUACUCCAAACUUUCCUUCUUGUUUCUUGUCCUAUGUCUACUACUUUCCAAUGGAGAAGAGCCUAAAACAUGAAGCAAAUGUGAGUUCAUGAUGGAUGAUAUUUAUGCUGUAAAAACGAAUUUUUAUUGGAUGUUUUGAAUGAGGAGAAAUAUGGAAAUGACUCUAUGAAGCACCAUAUAAGAAAAUCAGUUGAGAAGUUUAGAUGCUUUCAGAUGGCAUUGAUGUAAAUAGGUAAUUUCCUUCAGUUUAGCAAUAUGCAAACAUGAAUAAAUACUGAAUAGAACCAUAAAAUAUACCAGCCCCUCCACACCUCCCUGCAAAAAUAAAAAGGCAUUAAUGGUAAGGGGAGCACUGGCACUUGUGCAUGAAGAUAGUUAAUAAUGGCUGGGAAUGUCAUAAAUAAAGGGGAUAGGGACUUUGCACCAGUUUUGGAUGAAAAUCUGUCUCCAAAGAUGAAAUCUCCAACAAUUUUGUCCUCAUCAGCCUCGAAAACGGGAAUGGAGAGAAAAGAGAAAUUGAAUAACUUCAUAGUUGGGGAUCUGCCAACUUUGAUAUACAUCCCUGACUUCAUCACAGAUUCUGAGCAAGCCCAGCUACUAAAUAAUAUUUACCAAGCACCUGUAUCAAAAUGGAAAUCUUUGAAGAAUCGGAGACUACAGAAUUGGGGUGGUGUUGUCCAUGAAAAGGGUCUUCUGCCACAAGAUUUGCCUCCUUGGCUAGCAAAGAUUACAGAAAGAAUAUAUGAAGGAUCAGGACUUUUUCCGUCUGCAAUCAAUCAUGUUCUUAUCAAUGAAUACCUUCCUAAUCAAGGAAUUAUGCCACAUCAGGAUGGGCCUGCUUAUUAUCCGGUUGUAGCAAUUUUAUCUCUAGGAUCACCUGUUGUUAUGGACUUCACUCCUCAUCCAAGAUUACAGUCAUGCAAAAGAACAUUGAAGGAAAAUGUUGGAGAUAAAAUUUCUAACAGAGGGGCUGUGGCGAUUGAAGCAAAUGAUGGGAGCUAUAAUCACUGCCCCUUCUCUGUCCUGUUGAUACCUCGCAGUUUACUGAUCUUCAAGGAUGAUGCAUAUUCAGAUUACUUGCAUGGCAUUGAGGAUUGUGAGGUACAUCGGUGUGAUCAGGCUGUAAACGAAAUUGAAGCUUUGUCCGUAUCGAGAUCAGGCCAAGCAGAAGUGAUGAGAAGUGACAAUGCCAAGAUUGUGAGUAGAACUGUGAACAGAAUUUCUCUUACAUGCCGAUUAGUGUUGAACGUUCAUAAAAACUUGUUCAAGUUUUAAAACUUAGUCUUAACCGUUUCUAACUUCUGGCUAAGAUUGAAAGUUGGUGUAUUUAGAUGAGCAUCUGAUUAGACAAACUACUUUCAAGAGGUGGAACAAGAGUUUACACACUUUGUUGGUUUUUGUUUGUUGGGCUGGAGAGGUGUCCAAGGUUCGCGUUACCUAUCCAGGCCCAAUUGUGUUAUUAUGUUAAAAAAUAUAUAUUUUAUUUAAUUUUGAUUUUCAA